AUUAUAGUCUUAGUCUGUAACCUAGUGGGUAUCAUUACCAUGUCUGUCCACAGAAUUAUUCAGAUAAGCCAUUCACAUCCUCCCAUGGGAACAGAGGGGCCCCUCACUGUCUUGAUGCUCCAAAGCCUGCCUCCCACACCCACUGUUUGUUUUCUCUGCUUCUGAAUAAAACUGAGGUGUCAGUAUGUUUCAGAAAUUUUAACUAAUUUUUCAGCCUGAGGGUUGAAGUGAGACUUUGGGUUUUGAUUUUUAGUACAUGCAGAGACAUGUGUGAUCUUCUUAUGUAUUUGAGUAAUUAUGAGCAAGAUUAUCCCAGAGUGCUUCCUCUCAAAUGGGUAAUCUUGGAUAAGUAGCUUAUGUUGUUCUUGUUGCCAGGCCACUAGACCAUUGGUGGUAAGCUAAAAGUCUGUAAAAAUGUGAAGAUGAGGUCAACUGUUGGUCAGGGCAUCUUCUAGCAUGAUUUUCUGGAGUUUCACUAAUCUUGCUGACCACUGGGUCCUGUCUUUGACCAGGGACGGCCUGGUGAGGGACAGUAGCAGCAGCUGUCCAGUGUUCUCCAUCACAUGUGCUGGUGACACACUACCGUUGAUAUGAAAGUAGAUGCAGGAUUUAUUUAAACAUGAACAAGAAAGCAAAGCUUAUUUCACAAAGUAAACCACUUGACCUUUGCAUAUCAAAGGGAAGAAAAAAUAUGUACUUUAAAUUGCUUCUUUGUACAUAAAUGCUGAAAAGACGGACAAGAAAUGAAUUACGUUGUUAUCUACAGGAGCAUGGGGAAUCUAGAUGCCAAUGCUAGAAUUCAUGCUAGGAGCAGCCUUCAGACACACUUUUAAAUCAUAGGCUCAGUUUUUGAAAAUUGAUGUUCACAAUAAACAAUUCAUGAUUAAAGGUAUGAACCAUAUUUUAUCUUUAAUAGUGUUAAAUAACAAAAGUUCAACUAAGUUUUAAAGAUCUAAUUGCCUUUAUUGAGCAACUCCUCAAUUGCCUUUAUUGGGCAAUUCAUCAAUGUAGCAAUACAUCCCAUCUAGCAAGUAGAGAGAAGCUCCAAAGGCCUACAGAAAGGGAAAGGUUUUAAAGGCUGGACAAGGAAUUAAUAAACAGAAAGAAGGGUUAUUUUAUGCAAGGUUAGCUCCCUUUGGGGACAAAAGGGUCUUAUUAGGUGGAUUACAUCAUCUUCCUUUGGGGGAUGGAGAGGGCCCAUGUGGCAGAUUACCUUAUUGGUGCUGAUCAGAAAAUCCUAGACUGACUGAUUAGACUACAUUCCUGGGGAAGCUUGAAGGUGCACUUAGGUUAGGUGUUAAGCCUUUGUUUGGUGACAUGGGCCUAGUAAAAGUGACUCAGUUUGGGACCUCUGGUUUUCUUUUUCACAAUUUCCCCCUUUUUUGAUCAGACUCUCAGCUUAACUGAGAGAUGUGAUCAACAUUGAAGGCAUUAGCACCACUUUCAGAUUCUGCAAUGACAUUCUCUGAUUUUGUUGUUCCUUUGGGUGGUAUCCAGAGGUCGUGAUGUUUUUCCUUAACCCCUGUGACGUUCAUAGGUCAAGGCUUCAGGUUUACAAUCUUGAGGUCCUAGGUCCGUCAUCUCUUCAUUCCUUUUCUGAUGUUCCAGUCAUAGGGAGAUCAUUUGCUUGGUGGUUAGUGGCUGCAAAUAUGCAUUUAAAGCUUUUCAGAGAGUACAAUGCACCAGGGAGUUUGUUAUGAUUAUAAUAAACAGGGUAGUUCUCAAUAUCUGGACUGCACUUUAGAGAGAUGGUCCCUAAGACCAAAACCAAUCAAAAUCAAAUUAGUAAAAGAAAGACCCCAUUGAAGGAGUCACCUUUUAAUAAAAGACAAAUAGCUUCCUCUGUGAUCUUAUGUAAUUGAGUUUCAACUUUCCCAGAAGUGUUAAUUGAGGUGCAGCUGGUGGUGUUCAGCUAAGAGAUAAUCAAGGGCUAUCCUGUUACCAAGAAGAACUUUGGCCAGAGAGUCGAAGGAUCUUUGUUGGGCAGCUCUUGUCUUAGCAAUGGAUUUUGCAAUAUCUUCAAGAAUUAAGGCGAGGUUUUUUGAUUAUAUUCUCAUUUACAUUUACUCCUAACCAGGGAAGUAUGGCCCUGUCAAAGGAAGUGAAUCCUGAGUCCUGAAUGCCUCCUGGACUCAGUUGCCAUUGAGGAUGUGGCUGUGAACUUCACCCCAGAGGAGUGGGCUUUACUGGAUCCUUCACAGAAGAAACUCUAUAGAGAUGUGAUGUGGGAAACCUUCAGCAACCUUGACUCAAUAGGAAAAACAUGGGAAAAUCAUGAUAUUGAAGAUCAGUACAAAAACCAAGGGAGAAAACACAGAAGUCAUAUGGUAUUGAGACUCUGUGAAAGUGAAGAGGGUAGUCAAUGUGGAGAAAACCUCAGCCUUAUUCCCAAUGUUGAUCUGAACAAGAAAACUAUUGCAGCAAAACCGUGUAAAUAUAGUACAUUUGGAGAAGUCUUCAUGCAUCAUUCAUCCCGUAAUAGGCACAUCAGAUGUCACCCUGAACACAAAGCAUAUGACUAUGAAAAAUUUGCAGAGAAGCCAUAUAAAUGUAAGGAAUGUGGGAAAGCCUUCAUUUUUCCCAGUGGUCUUCAAAAACAUGAAAGAACUCAUACUGGAGAGAAACCAUAUAAAUGUAAAAAAUGCAGUAAAGCAUUGACUUCUUCCAGGUCUCUUAAAAUACAUGAAAGAAUUCAUACUGGAGAGAAACCAUAUAAAUGUAAAAAAUGCAGUAAAGCAUUCACUUCUUCCAGGUCUCUUAAAAUACAUGAAAGAAUUCAUACUGGAGAGAAACCAUAUAAAUGUAAAAAAUGCAGUAAAGCAUUCACUUCUUCCAGGUCUCUUCAAACGCAUGAAAGAACUCAUACUGGAGAGAAACCAUAUAAAUGUAAAAAAUGCAGUAAAGCAUUCACUUCUUCCAGGUCUCUUCAAAUGCAUGAAAGAACUCAUACUGGAGAGAAACCACAUAAAUGUAAAAAAUGCAGUAAAGCAUUCAUUUAUUCCAAGUCUCUUCGAGUACAUGAAAGAACUCAUACUGGGGAGAAACCCUAUGAAUGUAAGGAAUGUGGGAAAGCCUUUAUAUCUCCCUCAAACCUUCGAGCACACUUGGUCUGUCACACUGGAGAUGGACCUUAUAAAUGUAAGGAAUGUGAGAAAGUAUUUGUUUCUCCUAGUGCAUUUCAAAAACAUGAAAGGAGUCACACUGGAGAGAAACUCUAUGAAUGUAAAAAUUGUAGUAAAGCAUUCACUUAUCCCAGAACUCUUCAAAUGCAUGAAAGAUGUCACAAUGGAAAGAAACCCUAUGAAUGUAAGGAAUGUGGGAAAGACUAUGUUACUCGCGCAAACCUUCGAGUGCACAUGAUCACUCACACUGGAGAUGGACCUUAUAAAUGUAAGGCAUGUAAGAGAGCAUUUAUUUCUCCCAGUGCCUUUCGAGUACAUGAAAGGAGUCACACUGGAGAGAAACCCUAUGAAUGUAAAAAAUGCAGUAAAUCAUUCACUACUUCUGGUUCUCUUCGAGUACAUGAAAGAAUUCAUACAGGAGAGAAACCUUAUGCAUGUAAAGAAUGCAGUAGAGCAUUCACUUCUUCCAGUUAUAUUCGAGUACAUGAAAGGAUUCAUACAGGAGAGAAACCCUAUGAAUGUAAAAAAUGCAGUAAAUCAUUCACUACUUCCGGUUCUCUUAGAGUACAUGAAAGAAUUCAUACUGGAGAGAAACCCUGUGAAUGUAAGGAAUGUGGGAAAGCCUUUAGAGAUCCCUCAAGCCUUCGAUCACACAUGAUGAUUCACACUGGUGAUAGACCUUACAAAUGUAAGGAAUGUGAGAAAGCAUUCAUGUAUCCCAGAUUACUCCGAAGACAUGAAAGAAGUCAUGCUGGAGUGAAAACAUAUGAAUGUAAAGAAAAUGGGGAAGGUCUUCAGUUGUCAUCAAAUUUUCCAAAUAUAUAAAAGAGAUCAUACUGGAUAGAAACCCUAUGAAUGUACAAAAUGUAGUAAAGCAUUUGUUUUCCCAGUUCUCUCUCAAGACUUGAAAGAACUCAUACUGAGAGAAACCCUGUGAAUAACAGGAAAGUGGGAAAGCCUUUAUUUAUCAUCCAAAGUUUUGAGGAUAUGGGAGAAUGCACACUAGAGGAAAAACCAAGUAAAUGUAAUGAACAUGGAAAGACUUUUGUCAUCCCAGAUCUUCAUGAAGGCAUAAAAAGAGUCCCUUGAUUCGAACAUCUUGGAUGUGAGCAACACGGAAAAGACGUCACAUGGCUUACACCAUUGUAUGUGAAAUUCCCACUAAAAAGAUAUAUAAUUAUAAGUCAUAGGAGAAAGCUUGAUGGAAAUUAAUGUGUAGGCUGUUCUAGAAAACUUGUAACAUGAAAGAGUUGUUGUGAAAUUUGUAAAUAUAUUGUGUUUACCAAGAAUCUUUCUUAAAGUGUGACAUUGGAUUCUGGAUUUCUAUUAAGUACUUUCAGAAAUGAAGAUUGAGGUGAGAUAAUUCUGCAAGUCAACCUUCAUCAAUAGUACAUAAGAUUACUAAGUAGUGGUUUUCCCUUAAAUCAACUGAUAAUAUUUUCUCUUGAAUUUUUUAAUAAUGUAUUCAUUUUUCUGUAUUUAGGGGCAAUUGGAAAUGACAGUUUGUAUUUGUUGGGAUUUUCUUACUGUCCUUUUAUUGCAGUUCCCAGAUAUGCCUAAUCCAUUGUAUAUAUUGUGCCUUUCUUAGAGAAAGCUCCUUUCCUGGGGUGGUGGGUAUAGGAGCCUUUGUUUGGUUUCCAUACUAUUAAACAGUUGGAAUAAAUUUUGAUGUAUGGCAAAUGUAUCAAAGAGUAUA